ACACGAGGAUGUUUUGGCACAAUUUAUUCUUUGAAUCCCUUAAUACCUAGUGCUCCUAAUAGGUCAUACUACACAGCACAAGGUCCCUAAUCAGCAUGGACAAUUCCAUAAAAUCUGCGGCGCCCAUUGCCCAGUCCCUUGAUGAUAAAGGGUCUGGCAAUAUUCGGGUCCAGAAUGCAGAUGAAUUGCGCCUGGCGCAGAUGGGCCAUAAGCAAGAGCUGAAACGCCACUUUUCAGUAUGGAGUCUCAUUGGUCUGGCUGCAAAUUGUACCAUCUCCUGGACUGGCCUUGGUCUGGGUCUCAUCACUUCCAUCAACGCUGGCGGUCCCGGUGCCCUUAUCUACGGAUUUAUCUUCGUCUUCAUCCUGCAAUGCUUCCUAGGAACAUCACUAGCAGAGUUUGUCUCUGCGUAUCCAGUCGAAGGUGGGAUGUAUCACUGGAUUGCAGCCAUUGCUCCGAAACGGUACAGCAAUGUGUUAAGUUUUGCGACUGGCUGGAGCACAGUGUUCGGCUGGAUAUUUACCACUGCCUCUACGAACCUCGUUUACUCGUCAAACUUCAUCGCCCUCAUUGCCUUGUACAGACCCAACCUUGUUGUGAAGCCUUGGAUGACUUUCGUUGCGUAUCAAGGGUUCAACGUCAUAACCUCUGGAAUCGUCAUGUUUGGCAAUAAGUGGAUGCCAGCAAUUAACAAGUUCUCGUUAUGCUACCUUCAACUAGCCUGGUUCGCCAUCCUGGUCACCGUCGCAGCCACUGCUCCCAAGCACAACGACACAGAAUUUGUCUUUCGAACCUGGAUCAACGAAACCGGCUGGAAGAACAAUGUCGUCUGUUUCAUAACGGGCCUAGUCAACCCUCUGUACAGUCUAGGCGGCCUAGAUGGGAUCACUCACAUCACCGAGGAAAUGCCAAAUCCAGGAAGAAACGCUCCUUUAGCCCUAGCUUGCACACUCGCCAUAGCUUUCGUCACCGGCUUCACCUACCUUCUCAGCCUCAUGUUCUCCGUCCAGGACUACGCAAGCCUCGCCGACUCCCCAACAGGUCUUCCCCUCGCAGAGCUCUUUCGCCAGGCAACCCAAAGCCGCGGAGGGGCCUUCGCCCUUGUCUUCCUUCUCUGGGUUGCAGUCGGACCAUGCGUGAUUGGCUCACAGCUGAGCACCGGGCGAAUGCUCUGGGCAUUCGCCAGAGAUGACGGACUUCCUUUCUCCAGAUUCUGUUCCAAAGUCAACAAACGAUUCGGAGCUCCCGUCAACGCCCAGCUAUGCGUGGGUAUCAUAAUCGCCCUUCUAGGCUGUAUCUACCUCGGCUCCAGCACCGCAUUCAACUCGAUGAUGAGUUCUGCUGUAACAAUCAACAACAUCGCCUACCUCGUCCCCAUCCUCACAAACGUCCUCCUUGGUCGCAAAACCAUGCACCGUGGCCCAUUCUCAUUAGGAUACGUAUCGGGAAUGACGGUCAAUAUUAUCACUGUUGCAUGGCUGGUCUUUGCGAUUGUGUUUUUCUCGUUUCCUUAUGAUAUGCCUGUUACUGCCUCGAAUAUGAAUUACACGUGCGUAUGUGUCGGUGGGUUCCUGUUGUUGGAGCUAUUGUGGUGGAUUGUGGCGGGGAAGAAGUAUUCGAGACGGAUGGAGAAGGUAAGGGAAGAAGAGAAGAAUGCUUCGCAGGCGGUGGUGGUUGAUCUUGUGGGGAAGAGCUGAGUUUGUGGGUUGGUUGUUUGUCUUGCAUGGAUUGACUAAGGGUUUGUCAAGAUUAAAUUUAUGACCUAUGAUUGUGUUUUUAUUAGGAAUAAAUGGGAUGUUCUGGACUAUGAUACUGCAUGUGCCCCGUACAUGCAUAUAUGGCUAUUUAUGACCAUUGAGGCUAUUUGAAUCCUUGAAGCUAAAUAAAGUAUACUGUGCAUAUGCAAUUCGGAUGACGGGAGAAAGUAAAUGUAAUAACAACGUCGCAUUUCUUGCAUGCCUGCAGUGCAAGGUGGCUGACGUGUUGAAAGUCAAGUCAUUAUUGUUCUGAGUACUGAGCUAGAAGUCAAUUAAACGCCCAUAUCCGCAAUAGGGAAUAUGGCGGCCACAUAUAGCGUCCGAUGGACGAAUUGUGGAAAGAUGA